AUGAAUAAUAGUAGUAAUAAUAAUAACAAUAACAAUAAUAACAACCAUGAUCAAAAAACCUCGGAAUUAUUUUAUCUAGUUUUUCAUAAUAAAUAUUUAUUUAAUAAAAUAUUUCAUUUCAUUAAUUCAGUUGAACUAUUUAAAUAUAAUAAUAUAAACGAUAUUCCAGAUAAUAGAAUCUUUUUUAAAAAUAUUACUUCAGUACAUUUCCUAUUAUACAAAAAUUUAUAUUAUUUAUUAAAAAGCAAGUUAGAAUCUGAUGAAUAUAUCCAUGUAAAUUGUAGUUAUAGAAUUACAGAUAUGAUUGGUUAUGAUAUAGAUUUAUCAAAAGAAAUAUUCAAACUACAAUCACAAUCAACUUCAAUAAGUUGUGAAGACAAUGAUUCAUUAUUGUUUGAUACUCGCCAAUUAAGAUAUUUUAGUGAAGAUUUUAUUCAAAUUGCAGUUAAUGAACCAUUCUCUUUUCCAAUAUUUAGGUCAACAUUAAGUUAUUUCUUCUCUUAUUCCACAAAUUCAAAAAUUCAAAUAAUUUUAGAUUCAUUUUAUAAUAUAAAUAACAAAAGCAACAAUAAAAUACAAACAACUUUCACAAAUGAAUAUAAAAAUGAAAUAAUUAAAGAUAUUUAUGAUUGUGGAGAUUUAUUCCAACGUGAUAGAGUAUUACAACUAGUUUUAAGCAAUAAAGAAUAUUAUAAUAUACAUAUUAAUAAUAAAAUCAAUAUUAUAGAUAUCUUAUUCAAAACAAUAUCAAUAGAGAAUCAAAAUCAAUUAUUAGAUAUGAAAUUAUAUUUUUUCCCUGAUUAUAUUAACCAAAAUGACCAAAACGAAAUGGAUGAUAUAAUUAAUAAAAAUAAAGAUAUCAAUAGAAUAAUAAAACUAUCAGGCUAUAUUAGAAAACAUGUUCAAAAGGAUUAUGUUAAAAGUUUUCAAUUCAAUUAUUUUUCCAAUGGAGAAUCAAUCCAAUUAGAAAACCUAAAACUAGUUUUACAAAACAAUACAAAUAAUUGGAAAAAAAUCAAAAACUAUUCUCGUCAGCUAUCAUUUAAUACAGAUACAAUCAAAUUUUAUUUCGAAAAUAAAAAGCACCUAUAUUUUAUGGAAUCUGAUAUUUGGGAAACAAUAGGGGUUAUGUUUGAUAAGUAUUUAUGCAAAUUAGAUAAAAAAAAGUUCUGCCAACUAAUUGAAUCAAUACCACCAUGUAGAUAUAAAAUUUAUUCAUUAUGGAAGGAAGUGGUUAAAAGAACAAAAACAACGAUACCAACUGAAUUAAUUACAGACUCUAUUGAAUAUAAUGACAGUUCAAAUAAUAAUUAUAAGAAAAAUAAUAAAUCACCGGAAACAACAACAACAUUACUUGUAGUCAAAGAUAAACAAACACUCGAUUUAAUUUCAAAUAUCUUGGAUAUAUAUAAACAAACAAUUGGUUACUUUCCCGAAUUUUCUACUUUAGAUAUCAUGGGCUGUUAUUGGAUAGAUCUACCCGAAAUAGAUGAGAACACCUUCAAAUUCAAUAGUGUUGAGUUAAUUAAAUAUACACAUAAAAAAAUUUUUAAAUUAAAUUUAAAUAUUUUCAAACAAACACCCAUACGAUCCAAGAAAGCCAUUAAUGAUACUGUUUUGGAAAUACCACUCAAAAAUGCCAUGGAAACAUUUAAUUUAAAAGAAUUAAAAUCAAUAUUCGAACUUACCAAAGAUUAUAGUUUAUCUAGACUAUACUAUUCAUACAAGAAACCAAAUCGGCCACUAUCAUAUCAAGAUAUUACACAACUCACUGAAGUCAUCGAAUAUUUUAUCAACAUCAAUUGUCCUCAAGGUGUUUAUUAUUGCUUAGAUCUAAUGCCAGAAGGAAAUUAUGAACACACUGAAAAAGAUAACUAUUUAACCAAUUUAUCUAAUAGUUGUGAGGUUUUAACCAUUGUAUUCGCAAUAUCAACUAAACUAUUAUCAGUUCACGUCAUCAAACUAUUAAUCAACAAAUAUCUUUAUAAUGCAGAUGUUGAAAACAAACUACCAAACUAUAUCAGUAGCUACAUUUUAAAUGUUGAAAACCUCAAAACCAAUAGAAAUCGUCCUAUUCCUUUGUCUUUUUACAGUAACCGUUAUUAUGCCAUUGAUUUUCAAACACAAAGAUACGAUAAUAUUAAUAUUGAUGAUCUAAUAUCAAUCAUUCAUUUAAUAAUUAAUAAAUCUAAACAACUACAAAAUCAAACACAACAACCAAUAUCAAAUAUUAAUUAUGAAAAUUUUAUUUUUACUCCAACACCCAAAGUCCAUAUUUUCCAAGGUGAAGCUCUUAAAUUUGUUAUCAACAUAUUAUUCAAAAUAUUAAUUCAAAGUAAAGGUGAAGUACCAUUUGAAAAGAUCAAAUCAACUUAUCAAUUCAUCAACAACUCUGGUGUAACUACAGUUCAAAAAUCAACAUUAUUUUCAAUUUACUAUCUUGCAAAUAAAUCAUUAACACUCAUCAAAUAUUUACUUGGUUUACCAAUCUUUAGCGAUGCUAAAGACGGUGUGAGCUAUAACUGGGAUGGUACUAUUUUUUACCGUCAAGAUCGUAAAAAACAGGGCAAAAUAGUUUUAAAUUUAAACGACUAUAUUGAUCCAGAAGUAUUUUCAUUCGAAUAUAUAUUUGGUAAUAAUAAUUGUAUUAAUUGUGACAAUGGAGCACCAUGUAUCGAUAUUAUUGAAAACCUUCAUCAAAAUAUUUUUAACAAAUCAUACACAAUCUUCAAAGAAUCACCCCCUAUCAAUAUGAUCACUGACCUUUAUAUUCAAACUAUAAAAACCUUGUUCUUCUUCCAAAGAUACGAUUUAUUUUUAAAAUAUUUAGAAGAAUUGAAACUCAAAUACAAUAGCUAUGAUGAACAAAGCAAUCGUUUUAUUAAAAUUUCAAACAUUAUUCAAACUGGUGACCACACUUUAAUAUCCACAGUAUUGAAUGAAUACAGCAAUUAUUGUAUUCUUUCAACAUCAGAAACCUGCAAUUUAUUAAAAUAUAAUGUCGAAAAUAACACCAACAUUGGUCAAUCUUUAAUAAAAAACAAAAUUAUUAUUAAUAAUAAGAGUUUUGAUCCAGAUACAGUAUUAGCUCUUCACCAUUUAAUAUUUGACGAGAAAAGCCAAUUUAAAUUCUCAUUUAACAUCAAACCAUACCAAAUGCCAUUCAAACUAUAUCAACUCCUCCUCAACACCUAUCCAAAUAAUACUCUAUUAAAACUAUCAAAAACAAUAAUUAAUGAAACUAUCAAUAGAAAAAAAAUCCACUUCCUAAAACAACUCUAUCAAAAUAAUCUUGUUAAUGAUGACAUCGAUAACAUAAACGAUGAAUAUAAUCAACUACUAUCCCAUUUAAAACAAAAACUAUCAGAACAUAAAGAAUAUAAAUAUAUUAACUGGUUUAAUUAA